CCGGCUGGAGUCCCGCGUGCCUCGACGGCAUGGCUUCGCUGCUGGGCUCCUUCGCGUGGGCGGAGAGGCUGGACUGCUCGGCUCUGGAGUUGUCCGACGGGGGCAGCGGGACCUCCGCCUCCGCGGUGCCCCGGACGGAGAAGGGAAACCCCGAAAGCCGCAUCCGACGCCCCAUGAACGCUUUCAUGGUGUGGGCCAAAGACGAGAGGAAGCGCCUGGCCGUCCAAAACCCGGACCUGCACAACGCCGAGCUGAGCAAGAUGCUGGGCAAGUCUUGGAAGUCUUUAACCCCGUCCCAGAAAAGACCUUAUGUUGAAGAGGCGGAAAGGCUGAGGGUUCAACACAUGCAAGACUACCCCAACUACAAAUACCGUCCCAGAAGAAAGAAGCAGGUCAAGCGGAUCUGCAAGCGGGUGGAGCCAGGCUUCCUGCUGGGUAGCCUCUCCAGGGACCAAGACCACAUGCCUGAUAAGAGGGUGUGCAGCCGAGCAGUGGGUGAGAAAGAUGAAUACUCAACCGCCUCAGUAAUGCCAAACCUCAGGAGAUACCAGGAGGUCCAGAGCAGUAACACAGGUACUCCGAUGGACAGGUAUCCAUAUGGGCUGCCUACUCCUCCUGAGAUGUCACCCUUGGAUGUGAUAGAUCCUGAGCAGAGUUUCUUCUCCUCCCCUUGUCCUGAAGACCCUCGCCGUCCCCGUAUGUCUGGAGACACCUACUCUCUAGAAUAUGCCACCAGCCCUCUCCAGUGCAACCACUCUCUAGGUCACAUGCCAGUCUCUCAAUCAACCUCCACGAUGCACUCUGCUUCCUCCAGUUGCCCAGCACCUCCCACAGGAAAUUAUUACUCCCCAGCUUUUCCUCCUAAUCUCCAAGUCCCCAGCCUCCACAACCAUCUUGGCCAGCUCUCACCUCCCCCGGAGCAUCAGAACUUUGAUAGCCUGGAUCAAUUGAGCCAAGCCGACCUUCUAGAGGAGAUGGACCGCAAUGAGUUUGAUCAGUAUCUCAGUGUCCCUGGACAUCCAGAGCCUAGUGGGCUCACCAUCAACGGACAUGUCCAGGUCUCUCAGACAGCAAGCAGCUCAUCAGAAACCAGCCUAAUUUCUGUCCUUGCAGAUGCAACAGCUACAUAUUACAAUAAUUACAGCAUUUCUUAGAUCAGAGAAUGAGAUUUGUCCAAUGGACCAGUUUGCUGGACAGAGGGUUUCCUUUUAUCCGGGUUUCCCACUCUGAACUGAAAUAACUUUGGGGUUCACUUUCUAGAUAAUUACUCCACUAUUGAGCCUGUCUUCAGAAGUGUUUUUGUAUCCCAAUUAAAAGGAUACAUCUUCAGUGAUGCAUCAAGGCACCUUAGUAUAUUGACUUAGAUUAAAGAAUCCUUGUUCUUUCAUCAGACUGAGGGCCCAGACAGAGCUGGUAUAGCAUAAUAAUACUUACAAAACAGGUCUACCUACAGAGGAAUGACAUCAGGAAAUAUACAUGACCACUUAUGAAGUUUUUCAACCAAAGAUGCCCUUGAAUGCAUUCCCUAGAGAAACCAUUGCUAAGCAGACUCAGAUGUUUAGCUGUGUGUGUGUGUACACAUUCAAUUUGUUAUGCAGGAUGUCUUCUGAAGUGUUUUGCUCUUUGCACAAUUCCCAUUUGUUUCCAUGGGCUGGCCUAGGAGAUUUUUCCCUGCUGAAACAGAAUAUGUAACAAUGUCAAAAGUGCUAUCAUAGAAGCAUCAUUAUCCUUGUGGAUUGGGCCACAUAAUAUCUCCUCUUCCUGUUGUCUCUAGCCAAAGAAAUUUGUAUCUUAAAAUCAGUAAAAUAUGCCCUAAUAAGGGUAGUCAAAUGAAUAUAUAGCUCUUUAAAAGAGUCCCUCUCCUAUCAACUCCUACAACUUCAAAAUUCUACAAGGGCCUCAUGCUGCAAACCACCUAGGUCCUAUCGUCUCUUUCAGUUUGGCACAUGUUGACCAACUGAGAAUUGGCUCUAGCAGUAGGGCAAAAUGGGGCAAAACAAGGUGGGAUGUCAUCAUAAUCAGUGGUAAAUGGGGCUAUAUAAUCUCAUCACAAAAUAUUGGUCAGAGGAAUUGCAUGUGGCUUUGAACAACACUUUGCUAAUUCUCAUUGUAGUGUCUUAAAACACCCUGUAUUUACAGUAUUGCAAUUUUUAGGAAGGGUCGAGCAGUCACAAUGUAUGUUAGUUUUCUGUCCUUUGAAAAGAAAAAAGCGGCCACAAUUUGGCUGUUGCCCUUUGCUUCUUUCAGGGUCUUCUCUUUUCUCCUUGCCUGUGGAAGUGGUGUUGUAUGUUGGGAACAACCAAGAGAGAAGCAUCAGGUGCAAAUAUGAGCAUUUGAGAAUGCAUUUCAAGUGUCAAAAUAAGUGAAGUUCACCUCAGUAAAAUUUUAAUUUUAGUGAGAAGCGUACAAAUCAUUUCAAGAUCAGAACUGAACAUUUCAGGGUGAGGAUGGUUCACUUGUUUUAUAUACCUUUAAUUCUAAUCUAAAUGGAUCAGGGGAAUUUGAGGAAAAAUAGGAGUCAGGCAUCUUCCAUAACAAGCUGCUUUCCAGAUAAGUUAGCUGACAGCCAUCGUCACCCAAGCUAGUUACAUAUAAGGGCUAAUAGCACAUUUGCUAUUGUGCUUUGGACUCCCUAUGAUCUAAACUGUCAACAAAGAAUGUCAAAGAGAUAGGUAACCUAGAUUAGGAUAAUUAUUAGAAAUGCCUUUCUUAAUACCCCUGCUUACAUCUACUUCAUCCCCUCCCAGAAGCUGCUUUUGAGUUUAAUAGUCAAUGUAGAGUAUUCUUUUCUGGGAGUUUUUUUUUUUUUUAUGUGUGUGUGUGUGCUUCUUAUAAACGUAUGAACAAUCUAUAAUUUAGGAAAAACUGAUUCCCUUCUCAUCCCCUAAUGGUUAUUUUAUAAAUGGUGAGAGAUAUACACUGUGGAAGGUAUUAUUGAUCCCAAGAUUUAUUUUUGGCUUCAGAGAAGUAUAACAGCCUGUACAGUAUUUCUAAAAAUGCAGUUAUUUUAAGUAACCUAUCUUGAUGACAUGGUAUCUUUAAAUGCAUGUGGGAAAACACUAUCCCUUAACACUACUUUUCUAUGUGAUGGCUUCCAAGGUACUUGACUUCUGGGAGAUGUUGCCUUAUGAAUGUAUAUUUGAUAUACAUCCUUUGCCAAAGGCAGUAACAUAUCUGCUUCCUUUUAUAUUUAAACAUACUUAGAAUUCCCUUUUAAACCUGCUAAAUUCUUCCGUGUCAAAAUUAAUGAACAAGUCUUUUUCCAUUAAAAAAAGGGUUCUUACUAAAGCAGCCCAUCCUCAUCCAAAGUAUUUCUAAGACAAAUUAAAAUCAAUUUCAGCCCUUGCAUUCUGUUUUUCAUUUAAUCCAAAUAAUAUGUUUUUGAACUGUGAGGCGCCCAGAGUCAUUUUUGCUGAGAUAUGAGGCUAUAGAAAUAAAAUAAAUAAAUAAUCCAAAAUGCCUUGCUUCUGCAUGAUAUACCCAGUGAAGAGUGCAAAGUGAAGCUUCAAUAAGAUCAUAAACACAGUUGGGUUUCUUUAGUGACAGUAGUUGCUUAACAAUCAAAUUGCUGCUCCCUGUUUUGAUAACUAAAUGAAAACUACCUAUAUUCAAUUGAAGAUUUUCCUGUAAUUUAGGAUUAUUGUUUUAAAUCUUAUAACUCCUUGAUGUACUUGAAAAACAUUUUCCCGUGCGCUCAGAUAUCUGCUUCCUCCAUUUUUUUGCCCUUUUGGCCAGUAUUGAUUAAAUUGUUACAUGACAAAUAGUUGUCUGAUCUGCUGUGCUAGGCUCUGGUCCUGCUUGGCAAACUGCAGACUAGUGCCCGUUGCUGCACAUUCUGGAUUUGUCAAAAAACAACAACAACAAAAAUAUCAGGUUUCUUGCUCUUCUCUGGAGCUCAGUUCUCUAGCAGGAAACCCAGACUCAUUAGCAAGAAGUUCAUUUGAGUGAUGGCUGUUUCAGCCAAUUCCUGCUUGUAAAGUGAGCCUGCAUAUACCUUAUAUUCCUCAAAGUGUGCUUUAAGCUGUCUAUAUCAGGGAUUCAGUGAAAAUUCAAAUGGAUCAUUCAUUUACGUCUCUAAGAGAAACUCCAUAUAAAGUGUAUAGAUUUUGUAUAGUAAAUCCAUAUAUUUUGCCAUUUUGGAAAAUGGAUUGUACUUAGUGAUCCAGUAACUGUUUCCAUUGUUGCAAUCUCAUUGACCUUAAUAGGAUUAUGCUAAAAUGUAAAUGUCUAUCUAUUAAAACUUGGGCAGAUGACUUGUCAAUGAUUACGCUAUCUAAUGUGGCAAAUUGGAAUGAAUGCUGUACUACUGAAAUAAAAUGUACCUAUCAUCAGUUUGGUAGGUAAAUAAUUAUGACAGAAAGAUUUUGGUGAUUAAUCUCAAAGACUGUCUAUAGUUAUUCAGUGUGAAAGGGAAAGAUUGUAGAUUGUUCAUAGGCUUUUUUACAAGGAGCCAACCUGAGGACAUUCUUAAACUCCAAUUAAGUCUUGAAGCACCAGAAUUGUUAUAUGAACUUAAUUUAGAAUAGAAUAGAAUAGAAUAGAAUAGAAUAGAAUAGAAUAGAAUAGAAUAGAAUAGAAUAGAA